CAGAUUUUUGACAGGUAGAAUUUUGACAGAUGUCAGAAGACAGAUCCAGAACAAAAAUAAAACCGUGCCACUGAUUAUGUAGCAAAUCUGCAUAAAAUGGUUUAGAGUGUUUAGAAUAAGCGAUUUGUGUACUUACAUAACCUCAAAACCUCCUGUCAAAGCCAUGCAUUCAAGAUGAUAAACCCCGAGGAGAUGAACAAAAAAAUAAGGGAGUAUGAGACUUUUCUUGAAGAUACUUUGAAGAGAGACCUAGCGGAGGUGCAAAAGAUCCUCAAGGAUAAAGUGAAAAAAUACAAAGAAUGGGAGGAAGUGAAGCAGGUGACAAAAACAAUAAACGAAUUCAAGGAGAAAGACCGUGACAUGGUUGUCCGCGUGGGUUUAGGCUGUGGUGUUCAUGUGACUGGUGAAGUUUCGGAUUAUGAACGGACCUUUGUGAACAUUGGACUCGGCUGUUUGUUGGAGAUGGACUGUGAUGAGGCUGACAAGUAUUCGGAUAUCAGAAUGAGGAGUUUGAAAAAAGACAUUGAGCAUUACAGGAAUUUAGCAGUGCAUGUUAAAGUUAAUAUUAAAAUGGUGCUGUUGGCGAUAAAUGAAUUACAAAGCCUGAUGUUGAAUAAAUAAAUGCGCUUAACUUUCAAAA